AUGGGUGACCCCGAUUUUGACAUUGAUUUCUACGGCGAUGCCGAUGGCGACGCCAACGAGCCGCCUCGUCAGGAUGAACGCCGCCAUAGCAGUGGCCAUUCGCGAGAUGACUACGACUAUCACAGUCGAGACCACGGAAGAGACGAUGAACAUGAAGACGACCGCCGCUAUGACAGCGGCCGUAGCGAUAUCGAAGAGACUUCAUAUCAUCACGGUGUUAAGAGAAAAUCGGAGGAGCAAGACCCCAACGACCGGCCUGUCGAUAGCGGCGCCACGGCUGCCAUUAUGAUUUCAGAGCUCAGCUGGUGGAUGACAGAUGAUGAUAUCCGAGGUUGGCUUCGAAAGGCCGGCUGCGAGAAAGAGGUCAAGGAGCUCACCUUUAGCGAGCACAAAGUCAAUGGAAAGAGCAAAGGCCAAGCCUAUAUCGAGUUCCACACCCGCCAAGCUUCCACCGCCGCCAAGCGUCAAAUCGAUACCGUUGCGAUGGACAGUGUACAACCUGGCCAGAAGAAGAUGACAAUCUCCUACUGGAACCCGGGCGUCAACCCCUUCAGGACCUUGCCCAAGGACGCACCGGCCCGCGUUAAGGAACAGCCGCGAGCCGCUCCCUCUGGAUCCUACAGCGAGCGAGGCAACUACGGAGGCUUCCGCGGACGAGGGGGCAUGGGCGGAAGCCGCGGCGGCAUGAACCCCAACUACAACCGAAACUACAGCGGAAACAUGGGCUAUAAUAACAACAACAACAUGGGAGGAGGUGGCGGCUACAACGGCCCAAUGGGCGGUGGUGCUGGUGGAGGCGGCAGCCACUACGUUUUCGGCGGCCGAAGUAGCCCUGGAGGCAACAUGAGAGGCGGCCAGAACAUGAUCCGGGGUAGAGGAGGCGGCGGCGGCGGUAUGAUGGGAGGCAUGGGCAUGGGAGGCAUGGGCAUGGGCAUGCCAGGCAAUAUGGGCAUGGGAAUGAUGGGUAACGGAAUGCCAGGACCAGAGGAGCAGCCGGUCCGGGAGCGGCAGCAAGAGCAACAGUCUCAAGAGCAACAGUCUCAAGAGCAACGGCUUCAAGAGCAGCAGGAGGCACAAGAAAUAGCCCAAUAUCUAGUGAAGCUCAAAGGAGAUAUCCAAGAAGAGGAUAUCGACGCUGAAGGAGAAAGCAUUCUUGAAGAGAGCGACGAUGACAAAGACAAAGGAGUCAAAAAGGACGCUGUCAUGAAAGAACAACCUCAGCAAGUGCAUCAAGAACCGCAAGUGCAUCAGGAGCCGCAAGUGCAUCAGGAGCCGCAAGUGCAUCAGGAGCCGCAAGUGCCUCAGGAGCAGAACCCUCAAGUCAGGAUAGAGAGCUCAGGCCAAGUGGCAGAUGCCAGUGCAACCGCGGCGUCAUCUUCGGCCGCCCAGAUCCAACAGCAGUAUCAGCAAUAUUACCAAGCCGCUGCUGCUGCUGCUGGAAGCCAAGGGACUCGCCUCUUUUGGGGCUGCGCCAUCCAUGGCACUCCGGGGCUGCGCUGCAUGGCUUGCGAUAUUGAAUACUGGCGUCACUACCUCUUCUUUGUCAGCGGCUACCGUUACCAUGGUCGCGUUCCACCACCGCCAGCCCCCAUCUUUCCAAUGCCACUUCACCGCCCCAGCUUCCAGGGCAUGCCUCCCAACUUCCCAGGCGGAUUCGGCUUUGGGCAGCAAGGCGGCGGCGGCGGCCAAGGCGGAGGCGGAGGCGGUGGUAACGAUGGCAACUGGGGCAACCCUCACGGUGCAAAGCGACCUCGUCCCGAGUAA